CUAAAAGAUGAGCACAGUCUUACUCGAGAAGGCUUGACACUCGCCAUCUCUCAGUUCCCCGACGAUGUCCCUCAACGCAUCCUCUAGCGGCGUCCCAACAGACGAGACCGCCCAGCAGCUCCUAAACGACAGACUACAUCUUAUCGGGAGCACAACUGUCGCGGGCACGUUCUACGGUAUGAUGUGCAUCACCUACUUCGCCUGCCUCCGUUCCCUCCUAUCUGGCCACUCUUCCAAGCGCAAGAUGGCGCGAAAGCUCCAUCUCGCCUACGCGAGCGUGCUGUUUGUGCUGGGCACGAUAUAUAUCGCAACGCUCGCGCGCGGUGCGCAGGUCUCGUACGUGGACCACCGCCUGUUCGAAGGCGGUCCGUCCGCGUACUCCGACCUCGACUUUUCGAGUCUCGAUGGGAUACUGGGCGAUUUGGCGUUUGAUACGAGUAAAAACGUGGCUGAUGGGAUCAUGGUUUGGAGAUUCUUCAUCGUCUGCCGCGAUAUGACGUUGUUCAGAUACGUCGCCGUUUUUGUGUGUCUGCUCUAUGCUGCCUCCGCAGGAAUGGGCCUGACCUCCGUAGUUCAGUCGUCUCUCCCCGGACACAGCUUCUAUUCAAGCUCCACGAUCAACUUUGCGACACCAGCUUUCUCAUUUUCUGUGGGGCUCAACGUUAUUGUCACGUCAUUCAUCGUCGGGAGAAUCAUCGUGCACCAUAGACGCCUGAGGGAUGCCAUGGACGAGCUGUCAUGGAACGCUAUGGGUCACGGAUUCCAGGCGCAAUACACAACCAUCGUAACGAUGAUGAUCGAGUCCUCCGCGAUAUUCACGGUAACUGCGCUGACAUUCAUCGUCCUCUAUGUACUUGACAACCCGGGCCAAUACGUCCUCAUCAGCUCACUCGAGCAAGCUCAGAUCAUUGCUUCCCUUCUGAUCAUCUACCGCGUCUCGCGCGGGACGGCGUGGACGCGCGAUACCGGGUCCGAAUCGAUGUCCUCGUUUGCUGUAAGGCGGACUGUCGCAGAUGUGGAGAGCACCGCACCCGAAGGCGCUCUCUCGGACUUCGGUGGGAUGCAUAAAGGUCAACAAAUGCGGAGUUUGACAUCUAUGUCGUUCGCACUCAACGAUGGCAAGUCGUGAUGGUUACAUAGAUGUAGGUAAAACGAGGCCAGAGAACUUUCGUUCGAGGUGAUUGGUGGAAGGAGCAUUGUAAAGCACCGACAAAUAUUGGUGCAUGCCCCUUGACGCCUGAAGAGUGAGAUUCGCAUACGGAUAUUUUUCACGUAUACGGAUGAGUAAUAAACAUAUGGAUUGCGAG